AUGUCGCGGUUCCUCUACAAACUGAAUGAAGCAGUUAAGCUCCAUGGCGACGAAGAAAAGCAUAAGACUGAUGCUUGGUGCAAUCGGGACUUAGUGCCUAUGCCUCCCAGUCGGCGUACAUGGGGGCUCAUGGAAUACUAUGGCUACUGGUCUCUGUGUUCCCUGAACGUCUCGACGUGGCAGAUUCCUAACACUUAUCUCACCGCGGGGCUGUCAGUGGGACAAUCAAUGGGUGUCAUUUUGGUUUGUCGUUUCGUCAUUGGAUUUUUCUCCACCGUCAUUGCUUGGUGUGGCCUUCGUUGGCAUAUCGGGUUCACAAUUCAAAAUCGGUAUUCAUGGGGCAUGCGAGGGAGUUAUUUGCCUCUUUUGCAGCGAGUGUUGCUCAACUUUAUUUGGAACGCCAUUCAAUGUUGGAACGGCGGUAAGCUGGUAACUGUCUGUAUUACUGCAGUUAUACCGAAAUUUGCGAACUUGCCGAAUCAUCUACCGGCUGGUUUUCCCGCCACGUCGUCUGAGAUGGUUGGGUUCUUUGUCUUCUGGCUCUGUUCCGUGCCGUUCUUGUAUUUGCCUCCCGAGAAAUUUCGCCGGCCCUUCCAGAUCACCUGCGUAUACUGCGCUAUUGGGAUGAUAUGCAUGCUGAUAUGGUCCUUGGCGAUAGCCAAAGGCGUGGGUCCAGUAUUCCACUCUUCCCAGGCCACCAGUUCUUCGUCAUGGUCUGUCUCAUGGAUCUUCAUGAGUUGCAUAAACUCUGGCGUGGGUAGCACGGCCGCAGGCAUGACUAAUGGCUCGGACUUCUCUCGUUACAGCAAAUCGAGAUGGGGUUACGUCCUGGGCUCAAAUUCCAGUAUUUUCAUAACUGCCACUCUGGUCAGUUUUGUUGGUCUCGUAGUUACAUCCGCAUGUCAGCAGAUCUACGGCGAGAUUUACUGGAACCCGCCCGAUCUCCUCAUGCGAAUGAUGGAGUCCGGACAAGGAAGCAGCAAAGCAAGGGCUGGCGUAUUCUUCCUCUCACUUGGUUUUGCUUUGACGUCUGGAUUUGAGAAUAUUUGUGGUAACGCUGUGGCCGGAGGCGUAGAUCUCUCGGGCGUCUUUCCUCGCUAUAUCAAUAUCCGCCGAGGAGCCCUGAUUACUUUCGUUGCUGCGUGGAUUUGCCAGCCAUGGCAGCUCAUCAACCGGGCCGACACGUUUCUCAGCGUCCUCUCCUCCUUCUCAGUUUUCCUUGCGCCCAUAAUGGGGAUUAUGUGCUGUGACUACUACGUCCUCAGAAGAAUGCGGGUCAAGCUGAGCGACCUUUAUGAUCUCCAUGGUUCAUAUUACUAUACGUGGGGUUUUAAUCUCAGGACUAUUCCCGUGUGGAUGGCUGGUUGGGCUCCAACAGUUGGUGGACUGAGUUACGUUGCGAGCGGGGACGAAAGUGGUCCCAGAGCCUUGUACGAAAUGUAUUAUUGCUCCUUUUUUCUUGGUUUCGGUAUCUCAUUUAUCCUAUUUUAUAUCAUCAACACGAUCUUUCCUCCAGGAAACUUCGGAGAGAUCGACGAAGUCGAUUACUUUGGGACAUUCACGCCGGCGGAGGCUCGAAAAUUGGGUAUUGUUCCUCAUGCGGCAGGAAGCGUUGCUUCAGACAUUGAGAAAAACAAGAGUUCAGUCAUUGUCGGAGUGGAUGAGGUCAAGUCUGAUGUGUUCAACCGUGCACUGUAG